AUGGCUGUUCUUUCCAUACACGACUUACAUCCUGAAAUAAUCUCCCACAUCUUUGUUCUGGGACCGUCCAGGGAUAAUAGUCCAAUCCCGUAUGGAACAGUCGACAAGGGCGACGAGCACGCGGAGGAGUCCAGUGUGGACUGGGAAUUGCUCGUCUCCCAUGUCUGUCGGCGUUGGCGCGAUAUUGCGAUCCAAAACCCCAUGUUGUGGUCCACCAUCCACUUUGAGAAGGGGAUGGAGAGAAGCAAAGUCUACCUCGAUCGGUCGCGUGGUGUCCCCCUCCAUGUCGUGGUUGACUUCAUGUCAGCGAAUACGAAGCAGAGCAGCCGACGUGACUACAAUAGAUGGAGACAUCUCGUCGACAUUUUUGCCCUCAUAUUCCCACAUGUAUCCCGCUGGCGCACCUUCAGGCUAAUGCUGAAGGAGCAUAUGAAUAUGAAGCUCUCCAUAGAGGAGUUGUGUGGGUGCGGUGCUGCCCCUCUACUCGAGGAGCUCUACCUCGACGUUGCAGAGGCAAAAUACUACUUCUUGAUUCCUGUCAUAUGCAACCCGAAACACCAGGAGCCUAUUAUGUUCCGCGGCUUCGCACCAAAAUUAACGCACGUCAGCAUCCGUGGAGCACCUGUCCCAUGGAAUCGGUUCGACUUCGUCGGUGGUAUGGUACGGCUGGAGCUUGCAUAUCACAGCCAUGCCUUCCGUCCCAAUUUCGACGCAUUUGCGCAUAUGCUGUGCACCUCGCCCGAGCUCCACACCCUUAUCCUGCGGAAUUCCGGACCCAUUCAUUGCUUUAAAGUGUUAGACGGACAUAUUGUGCCCGACGACAUAGGAUUCCGAACGAUCUCUCUGCCGUCGGUCAAGAAGCUCGUGCUCACCUUCGAGGGGGAUGAUGCGGCGUCUGUCCCGUCACUUGUGGAAUGUUUGGAGUUACCGAACGUCACUGAUCUCCAGCUUUCUCUUCGAGGCAAGGACCUCAGCGACUUUCUUUAUUCCCUUGCCCGACCUUCGCUCUCCACAGGCAAGGCGAUUCUCGCUGGUCUUAGAAGCCUGAAGUUGUUCGGGUUUGCAUGCAGUUCCACUGCUGUAGCAGAGGCCUAUGGUGCACUUGCCAAUGUCAUAUCGCUCAAUCUCAAUUUCGCGUGGAUAGGAAAGGGAUGGUACCGAUUCCUUCUCGAUCCGUUUCACAUGUCGCGUCCCACGGCGGAGGCAGCGACCGACCGUCCACUGGCGUUUUGUCCUCAACUCACGACGCUGAUAUGCACCGGGCUUAAUGGGGGAGAGCUGCGUGACCUGGUGGAGGCGAGGCGAGCGGCAGGCGUGCCAUUACAACGGUUAUUUGUGAAUCGGGAAGACUACGUGGAAGUGGAGACUACUGCAUGGCUUCGCGCUGAGGUGGUGGUCUACGAACGAUUUAGAGCGGAGGAUGAUGAUAUUGAGGCUAACUUCCAGGAGCCAAUUGCAACCUGA